GCCGAAACAGAAACAGAAACCGGGAGUGCUACCAUAAUAAAACCGGAAAUGGAAACCGGAACCAAAACAAAACAAGGAACAAGGCCAGAGACUGUGACAUAAGAGAAUCUUCAGUCCCGCCCUCACUUCCUCCUCCUCAUCUCUGCCACCUCACAUCAACACACCAUCCUUCACUCAGCCUGAAGUCAGAGCAGCUCCUCAGCCUCAACCCAGUGAUGACAUCAGACUGGUCCGAAACAUCAAUGAUCAACACUGAGGAUAAUCCCGCCUUAUCACACACUCUCCUUCGAUCACCGAUUGCCUCUCUGGAUGUUAUGCCUCCCUAUCAGUGGUUGGAUAAUUUGAGCUGUCAGUCAGCUGCUACCGUCCCGACUCCUCCGUCAUACUUUUAUUCUUCUCUGACCCUUCCCCCUUCUUUGAUCCACCCACCUGGAGGAAGCAGUUGCUAUGACAGCUCCUGCUCCUCCUCUGGCCCCUUGUCAUGCAGGUGGGGCUUGGCAGCAGGAUCAGAGCAGCUUGAGUGUGUGAACUGUGGGGCGACGAGCGCCCCGCUGUGGACACCAGACUCCACUGGCGGUCACCUGUGCAACACCUGCGGCCUCUUGCAGAAAACCAACAACAGGCCGCUUCUGAGACCCAAGCGGAGACGCGCCAUGACUCGGAAAACAGGAACUCAGUGUUUCAAUUGUGAGACGGUCACAACAUCGCUUUGGAGGAGAAAUGCUGCAGGACAACCUGUCUGCAACGCCUGCGGACUCUACUAUAAACUGCACCAGGCCAACAGGCCACUGACAAUGAAGAAAGAUGAGAUCCUAACCAGACAUCGAAAACCAAAAAAUUGGAAGAGCAGGACAGGCAACCAAUCAGAGAGUCAGCAGACUUGGCCAGUCCCGCCCCUCAAGACGCCAUUUUGAACUCCUUCACACAGCUGCUGCCAUGAAACCCUCGUCCUCCAUGUCCCUCUCCUCACAGUCACUGGCUGGAUUCAAAGGCUCAGCUUUGUCUGUUUGAUCUGGUCUUGAUCUGUUUUACAUGUCUGUAAAUGGUUUGGUUUGUUUCUAAUUUUAAAAUGUUUUAAGUUGUUUUCAAUAGUAAGAAAUAAAUUCUCACUUCUUUUACUUAGAGCAUUGCAUCGUUGUUGUGUCUGUCUCCUGAAGAUGUUCUGUUCAUAAACUGUUAAUUAAACUCUAUAUUAAUAAAUAAAGAA